UGCUAAUCUCACUCAUUGGGUGAUUACGACGCGUCCGUGUUGUCAUUUCGAUCGAGUUUCUAUUUUUGGACGUGUCUCGUGGGUUGUGCGCAUUCUGGGUUCCAUGUCGAAUUCGCAGUUGUCAGUCGGGGAUUGUUCAUUGGAUUGGAGCUGAGAGUGGGAAGGUUUCAGUCACGGAUUGGUGGGAUUGUGAAUUCACAUUUCACCGCUGUCCGUUCAAAAUUACUAAUUUUGGGACUGUUCUACUCUAGCUGUUGUGGGAUAUUCUGUUUUUUCUAUGGCAUGUAAGGCUGUCGAUUAUGAAUCUAUGAUUUAACCUAUGAGGAACCAGUUGGCAGCUUUUAGCGUUGUCAAUUACCAAAAUACAGCGCAUUGUUGGUUUGAAACCUCUAAAGUGUCCGUAGCUGGAUGCUCAAAACCUUGGUCUCUGAUCGUUCUGGUGUUGGUCCAGCUCUGCAACAGCCCCUUUUAAGGGGUAGAAAUAAAUCAGUUGCUAGGUUCUAGCUCAUUCCAAGCUCGUCCCCUCGCAUAUAGGGGAUCUCGUUAUGUCAGGUUCCAAAGGUUCGUCUGACAUGAGAAGUGUGAUGUACUCUGGAAAGCAUGCUUUGCUGCCUCCUAAGAGCCCGUUUCCAAGUCUUUCCCCUGCGUAUGCUGAUUAUGUGCCCAAUCCUCCCGUUGCAACGAAAGCUGUCCAGAGGCCCAGAGAGGGUUAUGCCCACCACCAGCGGACCUCCUCUGAAAGUUUUCUGAUGGAGGAGCAGCCUUCCUGGCUCGAUGAUUUGCUUAACGAACCGGAGACUCCUGUUCGCAAGGGAGGCCACCGCCGCUCAUCAAGUGACUCGUUUGCCUAUAUAGAUGUCGCUAGUAUUGGUAAUCUAGAUUACAUGGCUCAAGGUGAUUACAAGUACAGAAAUAUGGUUCCUAAAGCUGGUUGGAGAUCUCAAGAUUUUGAUCACCGGGCUUCUCUGCAUAAUGAACUGAAAUACGUAAAGCACAAGAACAAGCCAUGGGAAUCUCCUGUACAUGCUUCACCCCAUGCUUCUAGUGGUCUGCCAUCUGCUAAGGAUAAUGUUGCCAGUCAAAAUUCAGGACCAUCAUGUGCACUGCAAGAAGUUGAAAAGACUCCACUUCCAUCAGGUGAAAAGCAAGAUCAGGUUGAAGCGAGUCCGAAUGAUUCAAAGGGUUCUUCUGAAAGAAAAGAUCGGGCAAAAUCUUCUUCAUCUGACACGGAUACGAAACGGGCAAAACAGCAAUUUGCUCAGCGUUCACGAGUCCGGAAACUUCAGUACAUAGCUGAGUUAGAGAGGAAUGUGCAAGCUUUGCAGUUGGAAGGAUCUGAAGUUUCAGCUGAAAUUGGAUUUCUCAACCAGCAGAAUCUUAUCCUGAGCAUGGAGAACAAAGCCCUAGAACAAAGAUUGGAAAGUUUAGCUCAGGAGCAGUUAAUAAAAUACAUGGAGCAUGAAGUUUUGGAGAGGGAGAUAGUGAGGUUAAGAGCUCUGUACCAACAGCAGCAACAGCAGCAGCAGCCUCAAUCAUCAUCCACUCACCAACGCUCCAACAGUAAAGACCUCGAUUCCCAGUUUGCAAAACUCUCUCUCAAGCACAAGGGUUCUACAUCUAGCCGAGUGACAUUGUGAGUGGUCUUGCAACUCCACAGUUAGGUUUAAAACACGGCUGAACCUAUCAUGACCCCCAGUUGGCCAUCUGGGCUGCUGCUAAUGCCACAUUAGGACCACGAUCUCUUCUGCUUGUGCUGCUCUUUACUCCUAUUGCCUGUACGGCUACAUUACAUCUCCCACUGCUCUACCUGUGUCCUGUUCUCAUUUGUUAAUUACGGUAGGAUAAUUGUGCGCCUGGUGUCAUGUGCUGGAGAAUCACCAGCUCCAGCAUAUGAUAAUGCCUGAGGUGGUAACUGAGGACAGGUUCAGAGCUUCGGCCAUUCACUGUUUAGUUUACUGUUCAUCUUUCUUUCAAAGUUUCUGUUGUAGAAUGUGGAAGUGGUAGAUUCGCUGCAUCUACGUGCAUUGGAGCAUUACGCGAUGGAGAAUGGGGAAAAUAGGAAUCGAAUCGCUGGGUUGUACAAUUGAGUUCACUGAUAUUUUGAGUUGCUCUCCCUCAGUUUUCGUUGUCCUUGAUGUAGCAUGCCACUAUUGAUCUUUCCCAAGUGUGUGAUUCUUGUAGCCUUUAUUUUCAGAUCACAGAUGAUGUUAUCAAUAUAUUGAUCAGCUCGACUGGUAACUUCGCCA